GCCAUGAUAACCAAUUAUGUCGAUAUAUUAGAUGAGCACUAUAUUAUUUGCUCAUAAGGAAGUGAAAGUAUUUGAGUUAGAGUGAACAUAUUAGUCCUUCUCUAUUAGCUUCUCCCUUCCUUCAAAGAGUAGUAAACCUACACAACCAUGGACGAGUUCGAUACCGAAAAAUCAAACCAUGUGAACUUGAAAGGAACUCCAUCGCACGAAGAAAAUGAAGGUAUGUGGAAGACUUAUGGGAUGUCGAUUUCUUUGGGUUUUGUUGCCACUGCGGUCUUGAUAUCCAUGUUUCUUAUCAUAGCCAUUUUAGAGCAACUCUUCAAACCAAAUGCUUCAUUUCGCUUUACUCAACGAUCCAUCCAACGACUACAUGAGCCAAGAUCGAUUCACAAGCUCAUAGAUGCGCAACCCUCACAUGUACAAAUGGAAAAUGAAUCAGAUAUAUCGGUAUUGAUGCCGGGAGAUAAGUACCCAACGUACAUUGCACAUCCAACACCUCUACCUUGUUCAAGGGAAGGUGUAUAUUGGCCUUCACAUUCUCAACACGAUUUAGUCCAUAAUAUUAGUUAAUCUAUGCUGUUUUUUAUACAUUUUUCUCUUAAAAUUUGUCUCAAGAUGAUCGAUCGACUUACCUUUACCUAUGUGGAAUCUUUGUAUUUCAACACUAGCAUUUAUGCGUCGUUUGGAUAUCGUUCAAAAAACUUGUGAUUGGAAUUUUGAGCGAAUUGAACCCGACACGAAGCAUACAUACAAUCUUAUAAAUGUUCGUUUGGUCGGGUAGAGUGGAAUGAGAAAAUGAACGGACGAAGAAAGUAUCAUCAGAUAAAUCAAAUAUAUGGUUGCUUUACAUGUUUCGUUUGUCCUUAUUAUUUUUGUAAUGGAAUUUAUAUGUGAUGGCAAAUUGGCAAUAAUACCGUUUAUAUGUUGACAUUUC